GGGAAGCAGAGAGACAGUAGGAAGAUUGUUCAGGCUCUGCUGAUGCUGUCUCUACCGAAACCCAUCACCAUUUAUUCCAUGAAGCAUCGAUCCACAACCUCAAAUUGUGGAGUGAUGAACAAUAAUGGCAUUUUCUACAGCUUUCCAGACUCUCCACGAAGAUCCAUUCAUGUAAAUCAGGAAUGAACCUUUCACUCCCUGCCUUUUUUUUAAAUGCCGUUCCUUUUAAACCCAUCAAUGAAGCAUCUGACGCCGAGUCUUUGCUUUUCCCCCACAUGUCUCAAUGUAGUGCGAGAGGGGGUUAAAUAAAUAUAUUUUGCAGGCAGCUGCUGUGCAAUCGCGCUUGUCUUUUCUUUCUAAAUAAAAGAAAGGGAAGAAAGUAUUUCGAAAUGAAUUUUUGUCCCCUUUCUCGUUUUAUGCUGUUGCUUUGCUCUUUGAUUGAAUGGUUGUAUUGCAAUGGAGAGCCGUCAGGGAUCAAGGUCCCUCUGAAAAAUGAUAUCGGGAUCCCCAGCAGGUUGCCCAGAGCUGCCGAUGAGACUGGCCGGAGACAAAGUAUCAAUUUUAUGGAUAUGGUUGAUAAUCUGAGAGGGAAAUCUGGACAGGGAUAUUAUGUGGAGAUGACAAUAGGAACACCCGCUCAGAAGCUGAACAUUCUGGUGGACACUGGUAGCAGUAACUUUGCUGUUGGUGCUGCAGCCCAUCCGUUCCUGAAGAGAUACUAUCGCCGUAAUCUCUCCAAUACUUACCGGGACCUGAGGAAGAGUGUCUACGUGCCAUACACCCAGGGGAAAUGGGAAGGGGAGCUCGGGACAGAUAUCGUCUGUGUUCCACACGGUCCGAAUGUCUCAGUCAGAGCAAACAUUGCUGCCAUCACCGAGUCGGACAAAUUCUUCAUCAAUGGUUCCAACUGGGAGGGGAUCCUGGGACUAGCGUAUGCUGAAAUUGCCAGGUUUCUCAGCCAUGAUUGA